CGCAGAUGGGCUACUACCCGCAACAGCAACCACCACCGGGAGCGUAUUACCAGCAGGGACCCCCGCCUCAAGGGUACUACCAGCAGCCGGUAGAGCAGAAGAGCGGUUCCGAUAACGUCUGUAUGGCGAUUCUGGGCACUUGCGCCCUCUGCUGCUGCUUGGAUGCCAUCUUUUAAACGCAAUUCG